UGUGGGAAUUUCAAAGAUGCAUUAUCAACUAUUUUUGGAGAUAGCGAAAAUGCCAAAGGGAAUGUUGGUUUUGGAGCGGAGCAGGUUAUAUUAGUGCGGAAUGAUUCUGCUAAGGAGGAAAUUUCUAAAUAUGUUGGAAAUAAAGCUCUUGUUCUGACAAUAUUGGAGUGCAAGGGCCUAGAGUUUCGGGAUGUCUUGUUGUGUAACUUCUUUGGGUCAUGCCCUUUCAAACACCAUUGGAGAGUCUUAUAUCAGUUUGUGAAAAAGAUUAAUUUGGUUGAUUCUAAAUCCCUUAUAUCUUUUCCAAGUUUUGAUGAGGCAAAACACAAUGUCUUGUGCUCUGAGCUGAAGCAACUAUAUGUGGCAAUAACUCGUACACGGCAAAGGUUAUGGAUCUGUGAUAAUAUAGAUGAAGUUUCCAAACCAAUGUUGGAAUACUGGGAAAAGUUGUCCCUCAUUGAGUUCAGAUGUCUGCAUGAUUUAGUUGCUCAGGGAAUGCAAGUUGCAAGCAGACCAGAUGAGUGGAGGUCACAGGGUUUCAAGCUCUUCUAUGAACAUAACUAUGAAAUGGCAAGAAUGUGCUUUGAAAAAGCAGGGGACACAUACAAUGAAAAGUUUGUUAGGGCUGCUAAUCUUCAAGCGUUGGCUAAUAGUAUAUCCAGUUCAAGUCCUCAAAUAGCCAAAAAUUAUCUUAAUGAGGCUGCUGAUUUGUUUGAAGGCAUUGGCAAGGCUGAAUAUGCUGCCAAGUGUUUUUUUGAAAUGAAGAACUAUGAAAGAGCAGGUAGAAUUUAUAUGGAAAAAUGUGGGGAUCCUAAGAGUGCAGCUGAGGCCUAUGCUAAAGGAAACUUUUUAUCAGAGUGUUUGGCUUUAUGCAUUAAAGGAAGACUCUUCUACAUGGGUUUGCAGUUCAUACAGCAGUGGAAACAAAACAGUAAAGGUGCUAUUAAGGAAAGUCGUGAAAUACACAGAAUUGAACAGAAUUUGUUAGAAGGAUGUGCACGUCACCAUCAUGAGCUUAAAGAUCUCACAGGCAUGAUGAAGUAUGUUAGAGCUUUCCAUUCCUUUGAGUUGAUUCGCACUUUCUUGAGGGACUUACGUUGUCUCGAUGAGCUUCUUUUGAUUGAAAAAGAAAAGGAAAACUUUGUUGAGGCUGCAAAUAUUGCAAAGUGCAUUGGAGAUAUAUCAUUAGAGGUUGAAAUGCUGGUGGAGGCUGGAUGUUUGGAAGAUUCGUCAAAGGCUAUUCUGCAGUAUGUGUUAGUCAAUUCUCUCUGGCAACCUGGAAGCAAAGGAUGGCCUUUGAAGCAUUUUAUACGAAAGAAGGAGCUUGUAAACAAAGCCAAAGUAAAUGCUGAGAGGGUUUCAAAGCAAUUUUAUGGAUUUAUCUGUACAGAGGUUGACAUCUUAUCACAUAAACGGAGUACCUUGUUUGAGCUGAAUGAGUAUUUUAGAUCUUCCCAGAAUAAUGGAAGUGUUAGAGGUGAAAUCUUAUCUGCUCGAAAAAUCAUUGAUGCUCACCUUCAUUUAAUAAGUACCUUGGAGGAUAGGGGGAAAUCUGAUUUAUAUACCUAUCUGACAACACAUUCAGAAGAAAGAAUAUCCAGUAACCAGUUCUCCAUUGAAACUUUGGUUCACUUUUGGAAGUUUUGGAACUUCUGGAAGGAUGAGAUUGUGAAUAUAUUAGAAUAUCUCGGUGGAGCUAUUAAGAAAUAUGUGGAUUAUAAAGAGUUCUGUUUGAAUUACCUGGGUGUGCUGAAGCAGCCCAAUAAGCGAACUCCUCUUUACCUUGUGCUCAACCCUGAGGCAGAUUGGGUUAGGAAAACCGAUGACAGAUUUUUGCAAAGAAAUGGAAAAUUGGUCUUCAUUGAUGCUAGUCAGUUUGCCUCUGCUGCCAGGAGUUAUUGGUGUUCAGAAUUACUUUCUGUGGGCGUAAAGAUUUUGGAAAAUCUUGAAGCCUUAUAUCAGUUCUGUACCAGGAAUUCCUUUCCUGUGUUUUGCCAAAGCAUUCCUCUUAUUUAUAUAUUAGAUGCGACCAAUUUUCUUAUGAAGACAGGGUCACUGCACAGCUGGCAUCCUCAUGCCAAGACACUCCAAAUGUUUCUUGAAAAAUCAAGUGAGCGCUUCUUUGGCUACAUAUAUCCUCUUGACUGGCGAAAAUCAUCUACUGAGGAUAUGGUUUCUCUCAGAGAAAAUAAGCUUGCUUGGAAUUUACUUAGAGAAGUUAUUCUUAAAACCAUGAGCUUGAAGGGAAACCUUACAUAUGGUCAAAUUGGGAGGGCAGUGAUAAUUAUGCUUGGGUUAAGUAAGCUAACUGACAAAUCUGCGGAAAGCUUUAAUAAGGAUUCCCCAUGGAAAGAGUUCAUUAAGAGACUAUGUGUAAUUAAGAGAUCAGAACUGUCUUCAAACAGUUCUGCUGCUGCUCAGCAAGAACUUUCACUGAUUUUGAAGCUCCAUGGAGCUCUGGAUGAUACUUACCAUGCCAAGCGGAGGAAAGAAAUUGAUUUUAUGUCACCAGUUUGCUUCUUGUAUCUUGUGGAACACCUUUUGUUUUUAGUGUCUUAUUGCCAGGGAUACGUCUUCACAACUAAAGCUUUGGUGGUUGAAUGGCUUAUUUUCCCGCAGGGGAAGACCACCCUGAGUGCCAGUUCACUGACUGAUGUGGGUGCAUCUGAGAAGACUGAGAUAUUGGGUGACACUUACUGUUUCAUGGCCUCCAUAGUUCAUGAGCUACUUUGCGAUGUGGAGGGAACAGUGGAAUGGCUUGAAAAAUCUAAUACAAAUUCAAUGGACUAUCCAGUGCUGGUGUUAAGACUAGUUGUGAUAAUGUGUUUAAUUUGUGUGAACUCUGGAAAGCAUUUUGAUUUACUCUUUGAUUUGCUCGAUAGGAACUGCAUUAUUUCACAUCUACCAAAGCCAUUCUACGAUGCCUUUCUUGGUAGACAGAAACGCAGUUUUGUUGAAGUACUUGCUGAAGCUCUAAAGCAGAUUGAGAGUGUGCUUGUGAUAGUGAGUUGGGGAAAUAAUCAUUUUCACUUCUCUCCUGAUGCAAUUCUUGUGGAUGAUGUGGUCAACCAAAACAAAGAGGGCAUACUACGUGUAUUGUUUACGAAAAAUGUUUCAAGCCGUGGACAGCAAUCAUUGAUCUAUAGUGAUUGUGGGAAAGGGUCUGAGCCUGAUUCUUCAAACUCAUCCACUGCAGACCUGAACAUGAAGGUGAGGAAUGAAGCUGAAGGAAAUGAUCUGCAGGAGAAUUAUGAACACUUCUGUGAAAUAUUUAAUGCUCUGAAGCCAUUAGAGAAUGCAAAGGAUUCGGGCAUGGAAAAAUUCAAUUUAAAUAACCCAAGGGUGCAGGUCUUGGUGGAGAAAAGUAUCAACCUCAUAGUUGCUGUCAUGACCCAAUACUUUCAGAUGAUCCCUUGUGACAGUGAAGAUGAAAACAUGGCUAGGGAACCAAACAGGGUCCACUGCGAAGAUGGGAAUCUUCUUUGGCAUGCAAACAGAAUGGUUGAUGGCUUUAAGCAGCUUCCUUAUCUGCUGAAUGGGAGUCCAUUUUAUGCAAACAUAAUGGUUGAUGGCUUGAAGCAGCUUUCUUAUCUGCUGAAUUGGAGUCCAGUUUUCAGUGGGAAGAAUCUUGAGAAAAACAUGUCAAAUUUUCAACUACUUUUGAAGCAGUUGCAGUCAGGAAAGGCGAGGGUGGAGCCCUUCAUGAGACAGAUAUGCUUGAAGAAUGCUGCAGCUGCUGGGUCCAGGAUUACUGAAGAUAACAACAGUGGAUGAUGCUGCAGAAAUCACAGCUAGGAAUAAUGGCCCAACAAGAGAAGUGAAAAGAAAACUGGAAAUAUGUACUUGAAAAUUUUCUAUCUUCUUCAAUCAACAUUUUCUAUUUAGUGAAGAGGGAAAAAGGAAAGGGGCAGCAUUUUUUUUCCACAGUAAA